AUGCCCAUCGAAAAUGCCGAUGAUGGGGAUAUGGGGGAUGGGAAUAGUUGCGGGCGUGAGAAAGGCUACGACCCGGAGAAAAGCUUUGACCUGGAGAGCAUCUUUGACCAGGAGAAAAGCUUCCACCGCGAGGAGAGCCACCCCGAAGGAGCCAACUGGAGCGACGACUUGAGCCUCCUGUGCAGAAGCUUCGACAGCGGAAGCGGCGAGCACGCGGAUGAUCCCGCGGAUGACAGCAUCGCAGAAUUUAUAAAAAAAAAAAAAUUUAUGAAAGGAACAUUGCCAUGA